AUGGAGAAGCAGUUCUUGGGCCUAGAACUGCAGCACGUGCCUCGCGGCACAAAUAAGGAAGCCGACAACAUCGCCAAAAGGGUCUCCAAGCGUCUGCCCCAGGAGCCCGGCGUCUUCGAAGAGCGUCUUUUCAAGCCAUCAGCAGCACCCCCGUCUGCGGAGCUGGCGUCGUCUCGGGAGGAACUCCCUCAACCACCGGCCUCGGGAGCCCCCGCCCGUGGCCCGACCACGGGAGCAAGCCUGCUCCUGGCGCUCAAGCCUCGGGAGGGGUGCUGGACCGAGGAGUUCAAGGAAUACCUGACACGAGGGACACUGCCCGAGAAAGAGGAAGACGCGGAGCGCGUGGCCCAACAGGCUACGACAUACUGCAUCCAGGACGGUGAGCUAUACAGGAAGCGGCCAGAUGAUGUUUCUUUGCGAUGCAUAUCCACGUAG